GCUCUAGAUGCAGCUCUCAUCGUCUCGCUUGGACCACUCAAAAGCUACCCUGCAUCGCCUGCGUCUAGUCUCCAAUCCUCACUGUCCCUGGUGCUGGAACAUACAGGAGACGAUAGAACAUUUCCUGGUGCAGUGGCCACACCGUGCUUCGCUACGCAGCCCUGCUUAGCCCUGGGGAUCGUCACUGACAGUGUUGCCCUGUACAUCCUACUGGCGGUGGCAGCGUUCAUCCCUCACAACAGUCUGCAGUGGUCUUCCUUAACGAGACGGGACAGCUGACACGCCUGUGGUCGCAUCAUAGGACGUCACCAGGGCUCAUGCAUCACAUUCUCACGGCCCUGAAGAAAGAAGAUAUAUUCAUCAAAGGCAAAUUUUGAGUGGCAAGAACACAUUGCAAGGCUGCAGCAGAUGAAAGCAGGACUACUUGCUGUCCCUUAUUCAAUCAACUGAGACGUUACUGCUGCCGAACUCAUCAUGGGCAAGAAAAGAGACCGAGAGUACAAGGAGUCUGGUGACCGUGGAGACCCACAUGCUGGUGAUGCAGUGAUGGAGACUGUCAAGAAGCCAAAGAAACACAAACACAAAAAAUCUUCCAAGAAAGAAGAAGUUGAGCGGAUCAUUAAUGUGGAGGAUGUGGAAGACAUGGAUAUUUCUGUAGAUGAUGUGGAAGACUCCCCUUCACAGACUCUGAAACUGAAGAUCAAAAUUUCAGACUCAUCACCUGACAAAAUGAAUACACCCAAAGGAGUCAAGGUGAAGACUGAAAAAAGCAAAAGUUCCAGCAGCAGUAAGAAGAGCAGCAAGAAGAAGGAUGGCAAGGGAGAGGAUGACACAGACAGUGAAGAGGAGCGUUGGCUGGAUGCCAUUGAGUCUGGCAAGCUGGAGGAAGUUGAUGAUGAGCUAAAAAGAAUGAAGAACCCCAGGCUGAUGACAGCACGGCAGAGGGCCAUGAUGGAGAAGGAGAAGAAGAGUGACGGCACAGACGACACCUUCCCGGUCAUACCAGCAGAGCCUCUUCUUUCCCUUCCCUCAGGCUUUAAGGAGAAAGUUGUCACAAAGGAAAUGCUGGCCAAGAAAGCAAUUAAGACCCAGAAGAGGAGGGAGCAGGCUCAAGAGAAGAGAGAAGAAGAUAAGAAAAAAACAGUUGAUCGUCUCCUCAAGAAACAAGACUCAAAGGUGGCAAAAAUCAGUCGGAUGAGGUCUUCCAAGAAAGCUAUUCCCAUGUUUUCCUACGUCAACAACCGAGACGGGGUGGGCCUCUCAGUGCCCACCUCUUACAGUUUCCCCAUGGAGGUGCAGACUAAGAGGCAAACCCCUGUGGCAAGGCUGUGUGGGGCGCCAGGCUGCCACAACCCUCGGAAGUACAGCUGCUCCAAGACUGGCGUGUCCCUCUGCAGCUUGCAAUGCUUCAAGGCCAACCUGGCUUCCCACAAGAUGUUGGUGGAGGCAGUUUAGCAGUACAGUUUCUCAUUUCUGCCAUUAUUUUCACUAUCUUCAUAAUCAUCAUCAUUGUUAUCAUCAUCACCACAACCAUCAUUACAUCAUUGUCAUUGUCACACCUUAUCAUGGUCGUUGUACCUGUGUCCCUGCAGUGGCCAGGAAGCAAAGGAGACUCACAUGUGGCAUCAGUCUGACUGUAGGGAAGUGGUGAAAGAAGAUAAAGAAGUGCCCUGGUAGCAAAGGAUUCAGAUGACAAGAAAGAAAACAAGGGAGGCUCAUUUGCUCCACCCAUCUGAGACAGUUGUGUUAUUAUGAGUCAGUGGUGAUUUAUUCUCUUAAAUUAUCUAAACAUCAUUUUUUAAAGUAAAUAUUGAAUGAAAGAUUUAUUUGUCAGAGAUCAUUUUUAUGAUUUUUUUCACUAUCAUUUUAUUUAACACUGAGCUCAUAUAUUUAACACUGAUCCCACAUUAUUUAACACUGAUCCCACAUUAUUUAACACAGGCCACAUUAUUUAACACUGAGCUCAUAUUUUUUAACACUGAAUCUACAUUAUUUAACACUGAUUCCACAUUAUUUAAGACUGAGCUCACAUUAUUUAACACUGAGCUCACACAUUACAGAUAAAGUUGUCAGUAGGAAAGGCAUCAUUAUCUUACCUCAGUGUUUUCUGUCUUGGAUGUAUAUAAUUUUUGCCUAGUGACUUGUAAAACUAGAUGCUUUUUUGUAUUGAUAGUUAUUGGGAUCUGUGUAAAAAGUGAAUUUUGUAGUAUUGUUUAGCUUGUUUGGUUUUUAGGCAGCACCUGGAAAUUUGAGGUGUCUUUUAAAAGCUGAAGGAUGCAAGUCGCACACCCCACCACUCCACUUGUAAGGGAGCCAGAGUAAAGAAGGCCAGGUUAUCACUGGGUGUGAAUCCAGUAAUUUAACUUUUCUCUUUAGAUUUAUUUCCCAAAUGUGCCCUUUCUUAAAACUUGUAUUUAUUUGGAUCUUGUGUGUCCAUUUUGGAAAUACAGUGUGAUAUAUACUGCA